AUGGGCAAUACAACAAUGAACUCAACAGCCAUCGCCUCAUAUGGUCUCAACAAACUAUGGGUCGUGCAUAUCCUAGACAACCAACCUCCGCACACUGAUGAGAGCACAUUUAUAUAUCCAGCUGGACAGAGAAUGGUGAUCAAUGGCACAGAAGUCAUUGAGUAUUCGGGGUAUGGAUCACCUUGCUUUAUUGAUAUCAUCUUCUCAGCAACCGAUAAUUAUUAUGGCAUCAGGCUAUUGAGUACUGAUUCAAAUGCUGAACAGAAUGGUGAAUCAGGGAAGAUUACUACACUCUCUGGAAACUACUUAAAUGGUCAGUUCAGAGCAUCGACGUACAUGCUCUCCCGUGCCAACAUAUCGUCUGUGUAUCUUUACGACGAGGCCUUCAACAUGCAGUCGAUCAAUCUAAAGACGCCACUACAUUGUGGAGUUGGCGUGAAGAACGUGUCCACGAUAGUGUCGGUCACCCCUGUGUCGACCUCAUUCAACCUGGACAACCCAGACUUCCUCAUUCCCGAACCAACCCUGGACAUCUUGUUCCAGGUAAACAACUUCAAGAGUUACAAGGCAUCGUACAGCCAACCAUUCAGUCUACCAUGGUCACCAGUUAGCGAGAACCUUGUGAUGCGACAGAUUGCCUUUGUUCCAACAUCCUCGACAUCACCUUCACAGUUGGUCAUUGGUCGUAUCAUCACAACUGGCAAUCAAUCAGAGACACUUCAGUUCACAUUCGAUUCGACUCAACAGUUCACACUCACCCGAAGUAUAGCGAGUGCACCAGACAGUGGACCAACGAUAAGUGUCAUUACACUCACACAUCCAAGACCAGGCGGCUACAACAACUUCAACCUUAACAAAGAGUCAGGUGUUAUGCCACUGUUACUCAACUUUACCGUUACAUUCCCCGAACAGAUAUUAUAUAUUGAGGUGUCUGAAGGCACCAACCAGAGAUCAUUCAUCGAUUCAAACAUUAUGAUCAAGUUAACUUCACCGUCCACAUACUCAUCGUGGAUACAAUUCCCAUUAUACAUUGAGGCCACCACCAUACCGACCACAUUCAACCUCACCUACUACAGUUCGAGUGGUCAACUCCAUGGACCAUUCACAAUCACAACCAAUCUAAUUGCCUCCAACAACCCAAGCACUGAUCCAACGAGUAACUACAUUGGAUACACCGCAAAUCCAACGAAUGGAGGACAGGCAGAUCCUGAACUGGCAUUGAAGUACUCGUUGACUUUUACAGAUCCUCUGAUCACAAAGCGGAGAUCAGACACAUUGGCGAUCAGAUAUGGUGGAAUUGAUUACCCCUUUGGCAAUGACUUCAUGUUCCCUUAUGGCGUGAUCAAGGGAACACCUUUAUCACGAGUCUAUACAUCAUUCACAUCAUUGCCAUCAAUGCCAGAUAUAACAAUGAUACCAACUAUCGAUAGUAUUACAGUACCAUUCACAGCCAUUACUCUACCAAGUAACAACUCUGAGAUCUUGGAUACAGCGGCCCCGACGGCUAUUGUCAAUUUCAACAUGACUUCCAAACGAAUGAAUAUCGAUGUCUCUGACGAUCUGUCUGGCGUGGGUCAAUGCUACAUUGAGUUCCCACUUGUUAUCAAAGGGUUGACGGUCUAUCCCAAGGACGCACUGCCAAUCACAAGCUUCAACAGAAUGACAUUCGAUUUGGACAUAUCAUCAGUAUUGGAUCCAUUGCUAUGUCCAUCAUUCUACUCUGUUGGGUGCUCUGAUCGACUUAGAAACACUGACCUCACCAUGAACACUCGAUUGACAUGUCCACCGUACUUUGGACCAGUUCCAACCAAGGUCAACACCAAGUACAUCAAUCGCAACACCAUUCGAUUUGAUGUUAGGUAUAUCAAUGUGAACGAACCAUAUCAGGUCACAUUGACACUUACCACAUCAUCAUCAACAACAUCAUCAUCCAUUGAUGUUCCACUGACAGUGUCCAAACAACUAUUCAACAGCACAAUGUUCGCGGCUGUUGGAGAUUACUCGAUACCAAGCAAUCAGUUGACCUCAAAGUACAAUAUAUCACUCAACUUUCAACUGAAAUCUGGACAGAACUACUCAGUACCAUACUCAUCACUUCAGAUAUUGUUGAGGAAUGUGAUGACCACCAAUCCACCGUAUUCAUAUCCAUCAUUGACCUCUGCACAGACAACACUCUACAAUCCAGCUGAUUCGAAUGCUCCAACUUUGAGUGUUCAAACCACUGCACAGAUGGUCACAGUAUCAACAUUCGAUCCAUCAGGAGUUGCCAGUCUAGAGUUCACUUACUUUACCUCAUUCGACAUGACUCCACGAGUGAUCAACAAGUUCAACAAUGACUCGAAUGUUGCACCAACCUUCACAUUCGACAUUCCACAAUCCACUGAUGCCGCAUAUCAAGGUACUGGAACAAUGACCUACUAUUGCCAUCCAAGCAAAGUAUGCGAUGUCUAUGCCAACUGUCAAGAGUUCACCUACAAUGAUUUUUCGCUCAACACUCAGAUCACCUUUGGUGGCACUCCAUUAACAUCAACAUUAGAGAUAUCAAGGUUUGAUUUCAUUCCAAAGAUGUUGUAUCCUUUCAACAAUAAUCAAACCUAUAGGACUUUCAACUUCACGGUGGAUGUGAAGAGUACUACAUUGGCAAUCUCGGAUAAGAUCAAUCCAAUUGUAUAUGUUGAGGAUAAAUAUCAAUGGCAAGCCACCAAAAGGUCCGCCACAAUGACAAGGUCAUCCAACUCCACAGCAACAUUGGCAACAUACACGGCAUCAGUGACUCUACCUCGUACAAUGGGAUUGGAUGGCGUUCAGUUCUCAGUGUUUGGUGUAACAGAUGUCGGUGGAAACAUCCUUGGAAUGAGUCAAUAUGAGCUGGACAAAGCAUUCCCAGGCAAGAGCAGACUGCUGGGCAUCGUCACUGGAUGUGCAUCACCCUGUCUCCAAGGAGCUCAAUGUGUCAAUGGCAACUGCCAGUGUCCGCCAGGGUUCUGGGGCGACUUUUGCCAAUUCAAAGACUGUCCAAACAACUGCAGCAACAUUGGAAUAUGUAUCAGUAGUGGCUAUUGCUCGUGUCCCGAGGGCUUUGCCGGCGUGGACUGCUCAUUCAAAAUCGUUGUGCUGCCGACAUUCAAUGUCACUCACACCGGUGACGCUCCAUCAUUCUUGAUCGAGGCAAAUGGAUUGUAUGAGGGCACAUCAGACACACCAACCAUCAUUGAUCACAAAUUCUCGUUUGGCGUCACGGCCACACAUAUCCAGGAGUUGGACAGCCAGGAGAACGUUGUCAACACGAUCGACUUGUCAAACAUGACCGUGACAGAGAGUGCGUCCAAAGUGGAGAUGUUGUUGGUCACGGCCAAUGGAGCAAGAGUGAAUGUGACGACCAUACUCACUGGCGCCAAAAACUACUCACAGAUUGAGUGGUUGAAUGAGACCAUCACAAUGGUACCGCAAACUGUCAAGAUCACAUUUGUCAUUGACCGCUACACAUUUGCGCAUCGCGACAACAUUCUAUUGUUCACAUGGGACUUCACCAUGCAUAACUAUGGCUCAGAGUGCGUCGAGGAUUGGGACUUGGACCCUCUGCUCUACCCUGCCAACGACUCAUUCUCAUUCAUAGACCUCCCAUAUUAUAGUUACCGGCUACUUGGACGAUACCCGACUCGUGGACUGGCCGAUGGACGCCCUUUCAGCUUGCGUAACUACCUGCGGGAUGUUAGCGGACCAAAUAUUACAGUUGGAAUGGCCGUGCCAAGUUUCAAUUAUACAUUAUGGCUCGAUCCAGACUUCUCAGUGAUAGUGCGCUUGGCUUAG